AACGCGGCCGUCAAAGCCGGACGCGGCCCAUCGGACCGGCUUCCCAGUGCGCUGGGGCAGCUAGAGAUCUUUACGCCAGUGGACGGUCAUCGUGAUAGCCCAGGGGAUUGACUACAAUAGUAGUGAACGACAAAAUUAAUUUCAAAUCGGCGUCUUGAUGACGUCUCGGAAAGACACGCUGAGUGAUGACGAUCAGAGGGAGAAAUUCAACUCAUUUCUCGAUUCUGAAUAUGGCAACGUGUACCACGAUAUUCUGCACGAUUUGUUCGUGGAAGACAUUCAAACACCCCAACGGUUGCUCAUAAACUUGGGUGAUAUUCGGCAGUAUGAUCCGAACUUAGCCCGCCACUUGCUGCAGCAACCGUUAGAAUUCAUCCUUCCGUGGAUGGAGGCCGUCUUUCAUCGAGUUCAGCGAAUCCAUCAAGUAGUAACCGAGGCCUCGCAUGUUGAAAGACUCGCAAAACGCCCCAUGCAAAUACGAAUUGGCUUUGUUGGCGCCUUUGGCCCAAAUCAACACUCUCCUCGUACAUUGCGUGCUAGCCACCUGGGGAGCCUUGUCUGCGUCGAGGGCGUAGUGACACGAUGUUCCAUUACACAGCCAAAGAUUGUGAGCUCUGUUCACUGGUGCGGAGCUACCCAUCGGUAUAUCGUGCGGGAACACCGCGACUCCACUACGCUCGAUCUCUGCAAUAGCGCUGCAGGCACGCUUCAAAGCUCCGGUGCAUACCCACACCCUGAGCGUGAUACAGAGGGACACCCAUUGGAAAUGGAGUAUGGUUUGUCUGUUUUCAAGGAUUAUCAAAGCGUAACGGUCCAAGAAUCACCAGAAAAGGCCCCCCUCGGACAGCUACCACGCUCAGUCGACAUUUUUCUUGAGGACGAUCUUGUCGACAUCAUCAAACCAGGAGACCGUGUCAAGUGUGCUGGUAUCUAUCGCGCACUUGCACAAGAUGGAGUCGCGACGUCUCGACUCUUUCGCACAGUGGUAUUAGCAAACUCUGUUGCCACGCAAGGUUGCGCUGUGAGCUGCAUGUCUCUCACCCCGCACGAUGAGGCAGACAUCAAGGCCACUGCGUCCCUGCUUGAACAUGAAUUAUCCAAAGAUAGAGCAGUGACACCAAACUUCGACUCAAUAUUGCAUGCUCUCUCUGUGGCCUUUGCGCCUUCGAUUCACGGUCACAUGGCUAUCAAACGGGCACUAGUGUUACAACUUGUUGGUGGGGCCGAGCGGACUUUGAUGAACGGCUGUAGACUGAGAGGUGAUAUCAAUGUGCUCUUAGUUGGCGAUCCAUCAACAGCAAAAAGUCAACUUCUCCGUGCAACCAUGCGUGCUGCGCCGAUUGCCGUCAGCACUACUGGCCGCGGUUCUUCUGGUGUUGGACUGACGGCGGCUAUCGCCCAAGACUCAGAGACCGGAGAUCGUCGCCUAGAGGCUGGCGCAGUUGUCCUUGCUGAUCGUGGCGUCGUCUGCAUCGACGAAUUCGAUAAAAUGUCCACGGGUGAUCGCAUCGCGAUUCACGAGGUCAUGGAACAACAGACGGUAACCAUCGCCAAGGCGGGGAUUCAUGCAUCGCUUAACGCACGAUGUGCUGUACUAGCAGCAGCCAAUCCUAUUUAUGGACAAUACGACACAGACAGGCGGCCACAAGACAAUAUUGGACUGCCUGACUCUCUGCUUUCACGUUUUGACUUACUAUUCAUCGUUUUAGACAAUGUUGACGCCUCAUCCGAUCGGGAGGUUGCAGACCAUGUUCUUCGCUCACAUCGCCUCGGCCUGAAUCAAAUACCAGUAUUGGAUUACCAUUCCGCCCACAAACACAACUUAGCAUCAGAUGCACGAUCCAAAGAGGCUGACGUGGAGAAUGAAAUUGAAUCUACCUCCAUAUGGCAAAUACCGCACCGUGGGACUAUCCCUUCGGCCCAGAGUCAGCUACAACCCCCCAAGGAUGCAGUGCUGCAUCCAAAUUUUCUUCGGAAAUACGUUCAUUUUGCUCGCCAAUUCGUUGAGGCAAAUUUAAAUGAUGAUGCGCGUCAGAGCAUUGCGAAUGCCUACGCAGACCUAAGAAUACGAGCUGACGAAAGCACGCUACCAGUCACUGCACGAUGUCUCGAAGCUCUCAUACGACUCUCGACAGCCCAUGCAAAAGUGCGACUCUCAAGCUCGGUCAAUAAGUCUGAUUGUGUUGCUGCGCUUGAACUCUUAUCGUUCGCGUUACAUGGCGAUUCACCUUCCCGCUGCCUUGAUGUCACCGUCUCAAAUGGCAAACGAGGAGGUAGUGCUGAAGCAGUUUGGGGGGCGACCAAACGCCCCUGUUUAGACGAAGCAUUUAGUACACAAGAAAACAAGCAGACAUUUAAAAGCCAAAUAGGGAGCCCAGGUCGCUCUGAAACUAUUCUUCGAGUAUACAGCGGUCUUCUGUCGACUUAUGAAGAACAGGGCAAGGUGGGACUAUCUGAUUUGUUGGAAGCGGCUAAUUCGUCCUUGACACCGCACGAGUUGGAAUAUCAGCUUUCAGAGGUGGAAUCAAUUCUUCGAAAUCAACAAGAUGAGAAUCGUCUCAUGUAUGAUGAAUUAAAUGGUGAGAUUCAUUUCCUAUAGCUUGCCGGGAGUCGGUUUGUCACCACACCAUGGUUUCACAACAAGAACGAUGGGACAAGAAGAGGGGGGAAGAAGAGGAAAAUGCGCCCGCGUGCAGAAGUUCAAUGCCCGGGUGCUCGGCUAGCUUCUAGAUUCGCAGUCCGCCCUCCUGCGGAUUACACUCGCGAUUACUCCGACUGGCAAAUUACUCGGAUGUGGGAAACUCAGCGCUGGCUGAAGCCCACUAGUACCGGGCUACUAUAAAUAAAAUCUGGCGGUGCCUGGCGACACGGGCCCGUGUAAACACCUGCGGCCCGGUGCAUCCAGCAGUGGUGAUCGCUUCACUGCCCCCCGGACCCCGGACGCAGCCCCGCUCCGCCGACCAACCACAGCGUCUCGAGCAAAAGACGACGCUUCAGCCGAGCGAUACAUUUCACUGCAGCUUGGUCCGUCGAUUAGUAAGUGGGGAGC